CCUCCUUCUCGUGUUAGUGUUAUUAUGUAUUGACAUCCGAUUACAGAAGUCGGCCGUUCUCUCAAGUUCUUGCGUCUGAAGUGCAAAGGGUUCGAGGGCUACUCUACUCGUAUUUCAGAAGAAGAAGAAGAUCUGAUAGACAAUGGCUUACGCUCCUCCUAACAUGAAGCAGACGAAGCCGGGUUUGGAAGAAACCCAGGAACAGAUCCACAAGAUCAGGAUCACCCUUACCUCUAAGAAUGUUAAAAACCUCGAGAAAGUUUGUGGGGAUUUGGUGAAAGGUGCCAAGGACAAGUCAUUGAGGGUUAAAGGACCAGUGAGAAUUCCAACCAAGGUCCUUCGCAUCACCACCAGGAAGUCGCCUUGUGGUGAAGGAACCAACACUUGGGACACUUUUGAGCUUAGGGUACACAAGCGUGUGAUUGAUCUGUUCAGCUCACCGGAUGUAGUGAAGCAGAUCACUUCUAUUACCAUUGAACCCGGGGUUGAGGUCGAGGUCACAAUUGCUGACUCUUAAAUAUGAUGUUGCUUUUGAAAUGCUUACAUUAUCCUUCGAUAAUUAGACAUCUUUGGUUCACUGUUUGUCUUUGAUAUUUUUUUGGUUGAAUCUCUUUUUGGCAAGUGUUUGACAAUUAAAUUUUGAUCAUCUCACUAUUACUUUUUAAUUUAGUAAAAGAUUUUCAGUUAUUUAUUUAUGAUGA